AUGUCGAACACGCCGCCAACCAAGGCAGGGAGUUUCCCCUCGUUCUCGACCGUCAACUUUUACGCCGGAAGCAAGCUCAAUCGUCUCUCGUGGCUGCGCACCUCGACCGAGUUCCUCAACUCCACUAUCGCCUCGCCCGAAACGCGGUUCGUCGUCAUGAAGAACAACAACCCUCUCUGCCACGCCGACAAGUCCUCGACCGAUACCGAGGGUACCUUGGCCACCUUGUCGUGGGACAAGGUCAAACCGUACAUCCUCGAGAACGUCAAAGCGUCCGGUGGAGUCCAAACCGAGAGCGACGAGCUCCUCGUCUUUGGUCCGCAAGCUUACGCGCUCGAGAACGGCGGUACGGAGGACAAGGACUUUACACGUGCCACCGAUGGAGUCGGACCCAACCGACUGGCGUUGGUGUUUCUGGGAAUCGACGAGUCCAAAUUGAGCGAGUCCUCGCUGCCCGGUCAGAUGGCCAAAGACGCCUCGAAAGACUCGGACGCUGCCAACGAGAAAGCGCCGCCAGCAGGUGUACCGUACUUUGCCCUCUCGCUCACGUACCGACCUCCCUUUCUGGACUCGAACGAUGCAUCGCCCAUGCAGGCUCUGCUGGAAGACAUCGAAGCCCAGAAGGACAGGUACGACUUUAUCAACCUGCGCGCUUCCUCCCGCGCUUCCACCUGGCCAGCCUCGGACGCAGCCAUCGUAGCGCAAGCCAAGAGUCUCCUCGACUGGAACGAACGUCACCAGUACUGUCCCGGCUGCUCACGACAGCAGUAUUCCCUCUGGGCAGGUUACAAGCGAGGUUGCAGCUCUUCUCUCGGUCACGCUACAUCCGGAACCCCCUUUUCGAAAGCUUUCCUCCCACCCAACACCGCUUCCUUCUCUGAUGAUGGCAAGGGUGUAUGUCCGUCCACCAAAGUCCUCUCGAACUUCCACUACCCACGCACGGAUCCUGUGAUCAUCAUGGCGAUCAUCUCCCCGGACGGUGAAAAAGUCCUUCUCGGAAGGCAGAAGAAAUGGCCAUCCGGAUUCUACUCCUGCCUAGCUGGAUUCUGCGAACCCGGCGAGUCGUUCGAAGAAGCUGUUCGACGAGAAGUGCUCGAAGAAUCGGGCAUUCACGUCGAUCAAGUCAUCUACCACUCCUCCCAACCCUGGCCUUACCCAACCAACCUCAUGGCCGGAUUCUACGGAAUCGCCAAAACCGACAACGAAAGCGAUAUCAGGUUGGAUCUCGAUAACGAACUCGAAGACGCGCGCUUCUACACGAGAAAACAGAUCCUCGAGGUGAUCGAGAGCAAGAGCAGAGGACACUUCACCAAAGCUGAACUGGAAAAGAUCGAUAGGGAUGGCGAGGAAAAGGAGGUGAGUGAAAAGCAGAAAGAAAAGGUGCAGAUCAGGUUGCCCCCGACAACGGCGAUCGCAAGGGUGUUGGUAGAGGCGUGGGCCAAGGGCGAGGCUGUACUGCCAACGCAUAUGGACAACUUUCAAAAGACAAGGAUGUAA